UUCAAGCCAGAGUCUCUGUAAGCGAGUCCAGAGAGAGGGCUGCAAGCAAAACACAGCUACAGCAUGGCCAGUCGUGUGGAGCACCCUGCUGCAGGCUACAGGAAGAUCUUUGAGACGGUGGAGGAGCUGGAAGAACCCAUACCCGCAACAGUCCUGGGUCUCAUUCCGUCCUGGCUCAAGGGCAGUGUUCUCAGGAUGGGUCCGGGUCUUUUCAAGGUCGGGGGCGAACCGCUGAACCACCUGUUUGACGGACAGGCGAUGAUACACAAGUUUGACCUCCAGAACGGUGGCGUGACCUACCACAGGCGCUUCAUCAGGACCGAUGCCUACGUCCGGGCCGUGACGGAGAACAGGGUGGUCAUCACGGAGUUCGGCACGGCGGCCUACCCAGACCCCUGCAGGAACAUCUUCUCCAGGUUCUUCACGUACUUCAGAGGCAUCGAGGUGACCGACAACUGCAUGGUGAACAUCUAUCCUGUCGGCGAGGAUUUCUACGCCGUCACCGAGACUAACUUCAUCACCAAGGUGGAUCCUGACUCGCUUGAGACGUUGGAGAAGGUGGACCUGUGUAAGUACCUGUCAGUGAAUGGGGUGACCGCCCACCCCCACACGGACCCUGAUGGGACGGUCUAUAACAUCGGGAACUGCUUCGGGAAGAACAUGAGUCUGGCCUAUAACAUCGUUAAAAUCCCUCCCGCUCAGGAAGGUGAAGGUGAGCCGCUGGAGAAAUCCCAGGUGGUGGUGCAGCUGCCCAGCAGUGAGCGGUUAAAGCCCUCCUAUGUACACAGUUUCGGAAUGACGGAAAACCACUUUGUGUUUGUGGAGCAGCCGGUGAAGAUCAACCUGCUGAAGUUCCUGUCGGCCUGGAGCUUCAGAGGAGCCACGUACAUGGACUGCUUCGAGUCCAACCAGAGCAUGGGGACGUGGUUCCACCUGGCCUCCAAGGACCCGGCAGGCUACAUGAGCAGCCACAAGUUCAGGACGUCUGCUUUCAACAUCUUCCACCACAUCAAUGCCUACGAAGACGACUCGUUCAUCGUGGUGGACCUCUGCACGUGGAAAGGGUUUGACUUUGUCUACAACUACCUGUACCUGGCCAACCUGAAGCAGGAGUGGGAGGAGGUGAAGAAAGCCGCUCUGAGAGCCCCUCAGCCCGAGGUCAGACGAUACGUACUGCCGCUGGACAUCCACAAGGAGGAGCCUGGUAAGAACCUGGUGUCUCUGUCCUACACGACGGCCACCGCCGUGCUGCACACCGACGGCACCGUGUGGCUGGAACCUGAAGUCCUGUUCUCCGGACCCAGGCUGGCGUUCGAGUUUCCUCAGAUUAACUACUCCCGGUGCAGCGGGAAGAAGUACUCCUUCGCCUACGGGCUGGGACUCAACCACUUCAUCCCCGACAGGAUCGUCAAGCUGGACGUGCAGAGCAGGGAGAGCCGGGCGUGGCGGGAGGACGGCUGCUACCCCUCAGAGCCGCUGUUCGUGCCGACGCCCGGGGCGCGAGACGAGGACGACGGCGUGUUGCUGAGCAUCGUGGUGAAACCCGGCGCAGAGAGGCCCGCCUUCCUGCUGCUUCUGGACGCCGUGGAGCUGACGGAGCUGGCCAGAGCGGAGGUGGACGCCGUCAUACCCGUCACCCUGCACGGGGUGUACCGACCUGCGACCUCCGACCCCGACCGGGAGGACCCCUGAAGCCCCGAUACUCCACUGACUGUCCCACACACAUACGAAUUCAACUCAAGGCAACAGCAACAGAAAUACAUGAGGAGUGUCGCUGUUACUGUCGAGUUUCGUCCCUUUCGCUGUAGAAUCACCGCACAAAUCUGAUGCUUUAUUCAAAUUUACUCGUUUUAAGAGAAGAAAUAAAACUACUUCAGGACAUCCGAGUAUUUUGUAAAGUGGAAUCAUGGUGCACAUGAUAAAAAAAAUGUCAUCGUUUUCACAAUCCCAAACGAUUACUACUGAAAAUUUC